UGUGUGGGGGGGGAAUUUCUCUCUAUAUAUGGUGUACGUGUGUCUGUCUCUUCAAACUCAAGUGUAACUUCUCUACUGGUCUUCCUCUUGUCUGGACUGGUCUGGUUUGCAAGUAGAGCUGAAAGAAGCAGCAGUCACAACAACGGCUGUUACCCGCCGCCGCCUCCACCACCAUCAGUAAGACAACAGCUACGUCUGCCACCAUGACGGUGAGAGGGUCCGGUCUAGUUUGGUAGACAUCGGGCAAUCUUUGGCUUCCACUGAGAGAUCGCCCGAUCGCUCCUUCUCUGUAGCCAAAUAUAUUGGCCCUGGGACGAAAAUGAAACGCACCAAUCGACCUGGAUCAUUAUUAUUAUUAUUAUUACUGUUGUUGCUGGUGUUUCAUUUGUCAUCGUCUUCGUCAUCGUUGCCACUCGAUUGGACUUAAGCGAAACUGUCUGUCAGAAGAAGCCAUGAAACUUGUCUUGCCUUGACCAGUGGCCAAAGACUGCUGUCCACCUGAAGAUAAAAACCGAAAAACAAUGCAGAAAGAAGGCUCCAUUGAAGAAACACUCCUCUCUGUCCAGACUAGAAGACCACAUAUCAACUAACUGGAUGCAAACACAUUAUUGACUGCACACAUAGACAUACCGACACACAUACCUAUAUUCAUACACACUUCGUUCUCUAGCUCGCCUGCUCUGUCUGUGUGUGAGUGUGUAGUUUAUAUAUAUAUAUUCAUAAAUAUAGUGUUUGUUCUCUUUUUUAUUAUUUUAAGGAAGGACUCUUAAAGAAAUCUCUAUGAACUUUGAAGCGAACAUGGAGAAACUCCCUUCGGAGGGAAAACCACCAGUCCAUGGGAAUAUUGCUCGGAAGCAGUUUCCCACAACCCCCAACAGCCUUCAGCCUCAUCGAAUGCAAGAUGUAAAUGAAAAAACAUUUCCCAACCAAACGUAUGUGAACCAGUUUGCCCAGAGCUACUACCUACAGACUCAUGGGCUGAUGCAUACAAAUCAAAAGUUAUUUCAUGGACACAUCUAUGGCAACCAGUUUCCACAGAACUGCUAUUUCCAGACAUAUGAAACUAUGCAUGCUAUUGAGAAGCAAACGCAGAGUGCUGCGGCAGCGGCAGCAGCAGCAGCUGCUGCCGCUGCACCGUGCCCUAAACAGUCCCCCCAAAUGCAGCCCAUCGUAAACAAUAAGCCAGUCGUAGCCAACGUGCCGAAGCCACAGCCCCCUUCGACACCUGUGAAGCCGUACCAAUGCGACACCUGCCCAAAACAAUUUGCUCGCCGAAACACACUGCAGUUGCACCAGAGGAUCCAUACUGGUGAAAAAUUGUUCCAAUGCAGCUUUUGUGAAAAACAGUUUAUCCACAGAGAUAAGCUGCAAAUCCAUGAAAGAAUUCACACAGGAGAAAAACCCUUUCAUUGUGAAUUUUGUAAUAAGCAAUUCUCUCGUAAGGACAAACUGAAAAUUCACCGAAGCACGCACACUGGAAUUAGACCAUACAAUUGCAGUUACUGUGAGAAACGAUUCGUCCAGAGAGAUAAGCUGAAAGUCCAUGAAAGAAUCCACACCGGAGAGACACCUUUUCACUGUGAAUUUUGCACCAAACAAUUUUCCCGCGGUGACAAGCUACAAUUACAUAGAAGGACACAUACAGGUGAGAAAUUGUUCCAUUGCCAUUACUGUGAAAAACAGUUUGUUCAUAGGGAUAAGCUUCAGAUACAUGAGAGAAUUCACACAGGUGAGACACCUUUCCACUGUGAAUUUUGUCCGAAGCAGUUUUCCCGUAAAGACAAGCUGAAAAUUCAUAAAAGUACACACACCGGCGAAAGGCCGUACCAGUGUAAAUAUUGUGAAAAACAGUUUGUCGAAAAGGGGAAAAUGAAGAUCCACGAGAGACUACAUACGGGAGAGAAGCCUUUUCACUGUGAAUUUUGUCCAAAACAAUUUUCUCGAGGUGACAAGCUGCAGUUGCAUAGAAGAACACACACAGGUGAGAAACUGUUCCAGUGUAAUUAUUGUCCGAAACAGUUUGUUCAGAAAGACAAACUGCAAAUUCAUGAAAGGACUCACACAGGAGAGAAACCCUUUCAUUGUGAGAUCUGCUCCAAACAGUUUGCAAGAAAAGACCGUUUGCAAAUCCAUCGAAGGACUCACACCGAUGAAAAACCUUUCCAUUGUGAAAUUUGCUCAAAAAAAUUUGCCCAAAGAUAUCACUUGAAGAUACAUAGACGAAUACACACAGGCGAAAAACCAUUUCACUGUGAGAUUUGUCCGAAGCAAUUUGCAAGGAAGGACAAACUGCAGAUACAUACAAGAAGUCAUACGGGCGAGAAACCGUUUCAGUGCGAUAUAUGUCGAGAACAAUUUGUCCGGAAACCCCAACUGCAAGCACAUAAAAAGAUACACGCAUCUCCUGACAAACCGCUGAAUUGCGAAAUGUGUAUGCAACAAUUCCCUCAGCGAGAUGCACUUCAGAUGCAUCACAGGAUACAUGCCACGAGUACAUCUCCACCACCACAGUGUGACAUAUGUACAAAGCAGUUUGCCACCAUGGAAGAAAUGCAAAAUCACAAAAGAAUACAUAAACCUGUCCGGAACAAUUUCUUGAAGCCAACUUCAUGCAAGAACAUCAAAGAGUACACACCGAUGAGUACUCUGCUAUGGCAGACUCUCUACCCAGGUCCCGGUUUACAGAACCAAGUCUCUUGCAACUUAAAUUUUGAAGACUUUCAUGAAUGGAAACUACACCUGAGUACUCAUCCUGUCACCAAGUAUGAAUGUAAUUUCUGUUUUUCUUCUUAUUCAAACAAAACGGAUUUCUGGGAACACAUCAAAACUCAUACCAACUCUUCAACAGCCGUCAAAUAUUUUUGUUCAAAAUAUCCUCUGGAGAAGAACGGACAGGAAGAAAGUGAGCAAACUGGCACCGAAAAAGGGGUUGUUGAAGAUGACACUGGUAUUGAACCAUUAAAAACGAAUUCUGUUAGUGAUUUGGACCCUAUGGUGGAACAUUCCGUGAUGUCUGUUGAAGAAGAAGAACCAAUCAUGGCUACUGAUGUUGAGCAACUUGAUGGUGAGAUGACAAGUUUCAUCCAAUUUGUCCUGGAUGCCAUUUUGGAGUUGGAAUUCCAAGACUCUCCAUUUCUUCUGUCUGCAAAUGAGUUUUCUCUAAUUAUGUUUUCUGUACAGUCUGUGGGCAAACAACCACCAUUGAAUUAUUCCGAAGAAGAAAGUGUGGAAGAUUCUAGUGCCAUAGCAUGCAACAUUGUUGCCAAUUUUGUAACAAACACUAGCAAAGCACCAGCCAAGAGGGAUAAGCCUUUCAAAUGUGGUAUUUGUCGAAAAGGGUUUACGUUGAAGGCUUAUUUGAGUCGGCACCAACUUGCCCCGGAGGCUGGCAAACAUUUCAACUGUCCAUUUUGCUCAAAAGUAUUUCCUCAGAGAGACCGUCUUGACAAUCAUCAACGAACUCACACAGGAGAGAGACCUUUCACCUGUGACGUGUGCAGCAAAGCUUUCUCUCAGAAAUCUCACCUGAACACACACAAACUUAUCCAUACAGGUGUGAAACCCUAUCACUGUAGUUUGUGUCCCCGUGCGUUCUCACAGAAGGAUCAUUUGAUCAAGCACCAUCGGACGCACACUGGUGAGAAACCGUUCCACUGCCUCGUCUGCAAAAAGGCUUUCAGCCAACGCACGCACCUUAAGAAACAUGAGCUGAUCCACGCAAACGGUGGAAGUGGCAAACGAGGAGGAGGAGGAAAUGUAGCCAAUCAGUUUCAACAGCAUCAUCAUCAUCAUCACCAUCCACAUAACCAUCAGCAUCAUCACCAUCACCAUCACCAGCACACACCUGUCAAUACGACAAAUUCAUGUCCUCACCACAUGCCAGCCUCCCAACAGCAACAGCAGCAACAAUCACAUGUGUCUGGAUCCUGUCCUCAUCACACUCCUCAACAACAAACACAACAACAACAGCAGCAACAGCAACAACAACCACAACAGCCACAACAACAACAACAACCACCACAGCAACAGCAGCAGCAACAACCACAACAACAACAACCACAACAACAACCACAGCAGCUACAACAACAACAACAACAGCAUCAAGCUAACUGUACAAUUGCGAUGAACAACAACAAUUCUACUCCGCCGCCGCCAUCAUCAUCCCCUCCAGCCGUGACUCACCAACUUGGUCCCCGACCGGAGAGUAGUUACUCAGCUUGGAAAAGAAGUCUACAGCCUGGCACCAACUGGAAUUCUUCUAACUGGUCAGCUAAUACACAGUCCCCUUCGUAUGGCGUUGGUCAAAGUAAAUGUGAAAAUCAGGAGGCAGUCCAUAGUAUUCAGACCUUGCUACAAUAAGACUCCCUCUCUGUCUCUCCUCGUCCUCCACCUCCUUUAUGAACUCAUGAACUCGUUAAAUCCCUCUGUGACAGUAUUACUACGUCAGCCAAGCAAACACUAAUAAACUACUGAUGUGACAGCAAUGAUACCAGGGUCAAAGACCCCCUAAAUUGAACAGUUUCUCCUAGAAUAUUUAACCUGACAAUCGAGGGGUUGCCUAUGAAAUGUUUAAAAACCUCUUUCUGCUAUGCACACACACACAUGCAGAGACACACAAACACAUUCCUACAUGUAUGUGUUCAUACAUGGACACAAAUAUGUAUGUGUGUGCGUACGUUCAAACAUAUAUACCGACAUACUCUAAAGUUGUAAUUCUUAAAAGGUAACAUACAGUUUAAUCCUACAAACUAAUCUCUCUCUUGUCUCCAUACACACUGUGUGUGUGUGCAUAUAUAUAUAUAUAUAUAUAUACACAUUUACAUAUACAUUCACACACAGACAAACAAGUAGAAAGAGAAGCAAAUACAUUCUGAAGUUGUAAAGUGUUUGUUAGAAGGCAACAUAUAUAUAUAUGUAUAUACAUAUAUAUAUAUGUAUAUAUAUAUAUAUGAUGUAACUUUAUAAACUAGUCUGUCUUGUAUGCAUAUUAUUAUUUACACACACACAUGGAAUUAUGUAAUCAAUUAUGUGUAUACAUACACACACACACAUGAAGAGACUGACACAGAAAAAAAGACUUGGGGACUGAAUCACUUCAUCAGAACUUCUCAGUGCUUUUCAGUUUGGCUCUUUUUGCAGAAUUUGUUGAAAAUCUGCCAAAGUUUAAAACUUGGAAUUGAGUGAAGUCUGAGAAAAUCGGAGUCCACGAAAAUCUAUCGGGAUGAACAAAAGUAGUGGCCAUGUUAGGAAGGGAAAAAAAUGUUGAGGGAUCCCUUUAGGGGAGAUUUACACUGAAGGGAGUAACACCGAGAGAGAAAGAGAGAGAGGUAAUGCACUGUUGAGAGGGUUCAAUGUAAGUCACAGAUAAUGUUAGGAGGAGGGGAGGGGGACUAGGGUUCAAACUGGAGCGGGGUGGGGGAGGUUCAAAUGGGUGUGAGUGGUGGGGAAUGGAGAUUAUCAUUGCCUCAGUUGGCAAGGAAUGAAUUUUUUUUCUCUGUAUCUCUCUCUCUCUCUCUGUAAAAAAUGGCAGGUUGCGAAGUGUGACAGGGCAUGGAACAUGUUAGACAAAUGUAAAGAAGCAAGAGAGGAAAGGCUCUGAUCUGAUCUGUUUGAUACGUAAAUGAUUGAUUGGUUUAUACAUGUAAUAGAUAACGAUGGGGAUAUUGGGGGUGGGUUGUAAGUGAUGAUGUUUGAGGUAGGGCUAGAAAGACAAUGGAGGUGGCUAGGUCUAGAUCUCCAACAAACUCUACAUGCUACAUUGUUAACCUGUUGAAGCCAUAUUAGCAGAGAUAAGUGAUUAGGUUAUUAAAACUUGUUAUGGUGAAAAUGAUGUAUUUAUGCAUGUAUGAAUUUUUUUCUUUCUUUUCUUUUUUUUCUUUUUUGCCAAUUUCCAUUUGAUUUCAAGUCUUGUAUUUUGUUAAUACACAUUUCAUUGCUCUUGUCUGCUUUAGAAGCUUUCUUCUACAA